GAAGAUUUGCAGGGAAGUGCAGAAACAGAGCCAGGUUUUAAGGAGAGAAGGGACAACGUGAUUGACCAGAGGGAGUCACGUGGUCGCUUGUGGAAUUCAGGACAGGAGGAAGUCUUUGUUAUCAGCACGGAGGGAGAAUAUGGAGUAGUAAACGGCGUGAUAUGCACUUUGCAAUCUGAGACACAAAAUGCUACACAAAGACAUUAAUAAGGAGCUUGUUUCCAGAGCGUUAGAAGUGGAAAAUCUUCUGGCUGAGAGAAAAUAUGAAGACCUUGCAUUCCACCUUACUUACUUUGAAAAAGCAGAAGUCACAUCAGGAAUUCUGCAGGGUACUGAUAUUGUCAGAGUUGUUUACAGAGUUCUUAAGACCUGUCCAAGAGGAGCAUUGAAAUUAAAGGCAAAAGUUUUAUUGUCCAAAUGGAAAAAACUAUAUAGAAAGUGUUGCCAUGAAACUAGCUGCAUUUGUGAGCAUUGUAGUAAAAUAUGUGAAAACAAAGAAGGUCCUGAGAAACUAGCUGUCGAUAUCCAAGAUCAAGUUCACAACAGUGAACAAAAAAUAUUGAUUAAUAAAAGCACAAGUAGCCCAUCUUCUUACAAAUUCAAUCUAAACAAAUCCGAUUCAAGCGCACAAGAUUGUUAUGGUAACCAUGAGGAAUCUGUUACAGACCAUGAAGUUCCUAAGAAAGUAAACGCUGAAGAUUUGGCUCUGAGAACCAAAUGCACAGAGCUCUUAUACCAAGCAUUGAGAGAAGACUCGGAAUGCCAAGAGAAACUGCAGAAUUUAGCAAAGGCAAUUGAAGAGAACAUCUAUAAAAUACAUGCUGGUAAUACCAAGAAAUACAGAAACUGCAUCAGAAGCAAAAUUUCCAAUUUGAAAAAUCCUAAAAAUUCCCAUUUAAAGAUGCAGAUUUUAUCCAGAGCUUUAAGUCCUAAGGUAUUUGCUGAGAUGGGUGUUAUGGAAAUGGCCUGCGAUGAAUUAAGGAAUCUUAGAGCAAACUACACUGAAACCUGUGUUCAGGAGCAUCAGCUACCACAAGGAGUUGAUGGUGUUCACACCAAUAAGAUCAGAUGUCGGAGGUGUGAUAAGUUUAACUGUACAGUAACAAUGAUAUCUAGGGGGACACUUUUUCUUCCAGGUUGGGUACGAACAGGAAACCCUGAUGAGGAGAUGAUGACAUUUGUAAUAUGUAAUGAAUGUGGUGAACAAUGGUACCACAAUAGAUGGGUCUGCCUAUGAGUUUGCACAUUGGACUUGAACUGUGUUUGGCUUUUUUUUUUCUAACAAUAGGUAAAUGAUCAGGACAUAAAUUAUUUAUUUUAGUGAACAAGAACUAAGAUUAUUUUAAAACUUACUUUAAAACUGUUAUGUCUACACUUAUUUCAGAGUAUAACCUUAAAAGUGUCUAAUUUAUUAAUAUACAACAGUGCCUCUUUGAAUACCAUAAGAAUAAGAGUUAAAACAGUCUAUCCUUGGCAAAGCAUUUUUUUAACAAAACUGUCACAACAAAUAUCUAUUUGUGAUCAAUAUUUCAUUCACUGAGAAUUCCGUAGGGUACUGUGGCAGCCCCCUCAGACAUGUAUAAUAAAUGUAGAAAUGGAGUAUUAUUAUUAUAUCUAUGGUGCCCAGACAUUACUGAUAUGGGAUUCUGUAUUUAGUAAAAGUCGAUUGAGAUAGGGUCUUUGGGUCAUUGCAUUACAAGACAAAGCAUAUAUUAAUAUUUAAAAAAACACCACCCAUUUCCCAGGCCUCAUAAUUAAUAUCUGAAUCAUUUGUAACUAGAUGUAACUAGAACAGUUAUCCAGUAAUCUGCUGGUCAGCAACUCAAAAUCUGCUGGGUUACAACCUACCUUUUGGGCAGUACUGUGCUGUAAAAGGAAUAUUUAAUUUUAAUUUAAAUAAACAAUAUACACUGUUAAUAUAAAUUGGCAAUAUUACUAUGAAAAGUAGAAGGUAUAAAAAGACAUAAAGAGAUACAUUUGCCACAGUAGACAAAAACAAUUGAGCAAAAAUCACACACUAAAGUAAAUGUUUAUUUGUUCAGAUAUCUGUUAGCUUUGGCUGAAAAUCCUGCAGCCCAGUGAUCACAUUAGGCUGUGGGUGCCUAUUUGCUCUGCACGGCUGCCCUCUUGUGAUGCAUUUAGAUUUCCCUGAAUUUUGCAGACCACUGCUGUUUUAAAGGCCAACAUGCUGUCUUACCUGUAUAUGUCCAGCCUAAGGAAUAAGUAAACUGUUAAUAGACUGAGUUAAUAGACCGGUAUUAGCAGUAUAAAACUGCUAAUCUAUUUAAAACUGCAUGAUGUAAGAUAUUAAACUGCAGAAGUUCUUAUAAAAUCACUCUGAGUAAGUGUAAUUUUUAAAUUUUUUAAUAAGAAAUGUAAAAGGAACACGGACAGUAAAUUGAGCUUCAACUCACUCACUACUAUGACCAAAGUGAACCUGCAUAGUUGGAUUUAUAUAAUGAAGUUAUGCCUUACUAAACCCCAGCCCCUUUUAAUUGUCCUCCCUUCCUGCUACCUCCCUGCACAGUAUAUUCUGUUCAAAAGUGUUAUUACAUGUUAACCUUCAUAAACAUACACAAGCACCAUCUUCUGCCUGCUCAGACAUAUUUACACAAAAUGUAAGCACAAGUGGGAAAUUUUGAGUGGCAGUUUAGAUGCUUUAUUUUUAUAGUGGACCUAUCACCCAGGCAUAAAAUGCUGUAUAAUAAAAGUCCUUUUCAAAUUAAA